CACCGAUUUUGCAUUCUUGGAUUUAAUCAUGAUUGCCCGCGUAAGGCCAGUGUCGUCCAUUCCCCGCCGGGUGAGGUCACUCUCGACCGCGCGGGGUUCCUUAUCUGGACUCAAGAUCAACAGCGACCGGCUCCAAGAGACGAUUCAUCAUACCUGCCAAUGGGGUGCAGCUCACCGAUACGGAAAGUCUGUGUUCGGGCGUUUUUGUUUCUUUCGGCGCUUGAGUCGAUAUCAAAUGCUUACUGGUACGAUGGCAGGGGUGCGACGGAGACGGGUAUGGCCAGACUGGCGCUGUCCGACGACGAUGCUCGCGUUAGGAAAUGGUUCGCCUACGAAACAGCCAGCCUUGAUUGCGAAUUGGCAAUUGACGAGAUGGGAAACAUGUUUGCGAAACGCCAGGGGGCGCUCAAGUCGUCGGCUCCGAUGACAGCCAUGGGAAGCCAUCUUGACACUCAACCCCGCGGUGGCAGAUAUGACGGCAUUCUAGGCGUUCUAGCCGCUGUCGAGGUAAUGAGAACGCUGAAGGAGAACAACGUCAAGACGCAGUUCGAUGUUGGCAUCGUCAACUGGACCAACGAAGAGGGCGCCCGCUUCCCGAGAUCCAUGAUGUCCUCGGGCGUCUGGGCAGGUGAGAUCUCGCGGGAAAAGGCCUGGGACCUCACCGACAUCUUCGACCCCUCCGUGACCGUCAAAUCCGAGCUGGAGCGACACGGCUACGUUGGUCCCCUCACCUGCUCGAGCGACGCAUCAUCCGGGUACCCCCUCGGCGCGCACUUUGAGUUGCACAUCGAGCAGGGCCCCAUCCUAGAGGAGAAGGGCAGAAAGAUCGGCGUCGUGCAGGGCGCGCAGGCGUACCGCUGGUUCACCUUCACCGUCAAAGGCCGCGACGCGCAUACGGGCACCACGCCAUUGACGUCCCGCAAGGACCCGCUGCUCGCGGCGUCAAAGAUGAUUGCUGCGUCCAACGCCAUCGCAAAGGAGCUCGGGGCGUUGGCGUCGACGGGGGUCAUCAAGAUCCCGCCCAGCUCGUCGACCAACACCAUCGUCUCGGAGGUCACCUUCACCCUAGACAUCCGCCACCCCGAAGACGCCGUCGUCCAAGAGGUGCAGAGGCGGUGCGUCGCGUCGUUUGAGAGGAUCGCCGGGGAGGAUGGCCGCGGGGUCGAGAUGCAGUGGACGCUCGAUACCGAUUCGCCCGCGGUCAAGUUUGACGCGGAGUGCAUCCAGGCCGUGGAGAGCGCGGCGAUUGGCCUUUUUGGGCCGGACGGCUGGCUGCCGUUGACGAGCGGCGCGGGGCAUGACAGCGUUUACACGAGCAAGCGGUGUCCAACUACUAUGAUUUUCGUUCCUUGCAAGGACGGCGUGAGCCAUCAUCCCGAGGAGUAUUGCAGUCCUGAAGAUUGUGCGAAUGGUACUCAGACCCUGCUUGAGGCCGUUGUAAGUUACGACAAUCUGAGGGCUAGCAGGAAGUGA